AUGGAUAUAAACCGCUCCAACUUCUGGCAGACAUUACCAACGGUACUGGAAGCGAUCUCCUUGUCCGAAUAUGUUGCCAUUGACCUGGAAAUGACGGGGGUCUCUGGACACGCAGUGGACACAGCGCCUGAGAAUACCGAGAUAACCGCGUACCAGCUCGCGGCCGAGGCCGCCAGGACAUUUCAGGUUCUCCAGUUUGGCAUGACCUGUCUCUCGUAUGAUGACGAGCAAAAUGGUUACCAGUCAAAGACAUUCACUUUCCAUCUUACCCCUGAAUUCGCUCCGCCCAGCACCGCUCUAGCAAAGCUCAUCGACCGCAAAGUCGUUCUCUCUUAUCGGAGCUUUCUGUUCCUGAAGGAAAACAACUUCUCCUUUGAGAAGGCUUUUUCUCAGGGCGUACCCUACUUGAGCCGUCCAGAGAGCGCGUUGGCUAGCAAGCUGUACUUGUCCCAAUGCGGACUCCCGAGCGCGGCCGGCGACCAGACCCUCGAUACCUGGCUAAGGAAGUUCCAGAACGACACCCGCGCUGACAUCUCGGCUUGGCUCGAGACAAAUCCUGAAUCGGGGGACAGUGUCCUCAUCACGAGUCCGGAGGGGCCGUCCAAGAGACUUCUUCCCACGCAUGUUCUGAUAAUACGCCGACUUAUUCAAGCGGAAUUCCCCGGCUGCUUUGUUGUUUUCAAGCAGGGCAAUCUGCUGGCCCAAGUCGUCAAGUGGAACCAGGAGGAGCGGCAGUUAUGGGACGGCGAAUACAAGGAACGCCAUGAAGCCGUCGUCAAACAGACCGGCAAGCAGCCCCACACCAGAUUUCGCUAUGUCGUGGAGGCCCUCGUUGGGGGAUCCUUUGCCAAAGAGAUCAAUGCCGAGCUGUUAGUUGACGAACACUUGCAAGGCGCCGCCAGGAGAUCCAGGAUUGCCCGGCUCCACGUUGAUCUUCGGCUUUACGAAGGGCGCAUCAAGCAGCGCCGCCCUGUCAUAGUCGGUCACAAUCCGUUCCUCGACCUCUGCUUCAUCCAGGAGACCUUUCUUCGACCGCUGCCGGACGAUGUGGCGGCUUUCCGCAGAGACAUGGGCGAAUUCUUCCCUAGAGUUGUCGACACCAAGUACUUGUCCUCCCAGCUGGGAUUCCGAACGGGCAGAAAUUUGGAGCAGCUUUACAAGCUGGUCGGCCAGGGCUCUGUGCCCAUUACACCGAUGCCCGGGUAUGAUGCCCGCGAUGGCUCGGCUCACAACGCAGGAUUUGAUAGCUGGAUGACGGCGGCGGUGUUUGUGAGUUUGUCAAGGAAGAUAGGGUUGAGGAACCCAAGGCUGCGUCCCCGCGCGGAGAGGGACGAGGAGGCGGAUGGAGCACCAGGGACUCGUGAAACGGGGGUCGAGUUGUUCCGCGAGCUGAGCCCGUUUUCCGGAAGCUCGAGAGAGAGGGCCGGGUCGAGGCUUUCUUCGGUGUAUAUGGUCCCAUCAUGGGAUGGGGAGGUCUGGAGGCAGUACGGCAACAAGCUGCGGUUGGGAAAUGCCGUGGUGAUGGACUUGGCACAGAUGUAG